AUGUCCGGAAGCGAUUUAGCAGCGGAUGUUGAGAAACAUCCCGCUAACAACUACUAUGAGGAUCAUUCUGGCGCGGUCCCCGGGGAGACCUUCGAAUAUGGCAAUUCCUGGUACGCCAAAAUGCAGCGUUUCGCUGGAAAGCUCAACGUCGAACAGAGAGGUAUUGAGCGGGUGCCGGAUAAUGAGCGAACGGAUACUUCGUAUUUGAACGUGGGAAGCAUGUGGCUCGCCGCCAACAUGGUCGUGACAUCGUUCGCUAUCGGUGUGCUGGGACAAUCGGUCUUCUACUGCGGUUUCGUCGACGGUAUCCUGACCGUUUUGUUCUUCAAUAUACUCGGUGUCAUGACGGUCUGCUUCUUCUCUGUCUUCGGCGCUGAAUUCGGCUUGCGUCAGAUGGUGGUGUCCCGUUUCUGGUUCGGUUGGUGGGGUGUCAAGCUCAUCGCCUUCUUCAAUGUGCUCGCUUGUAUUGGUUGGUCGUCUGCAAACUCGAUUGUCGGUGCCCAGUUGAUUGUUGCCGUGAACCCUGAUGUACCUGGUGCCGUCGGAAUUGUUAUCAUUGCCAUCUGCACUCUAGUCAUUACCUUCUUCGGCUACAAGGUCGUUCACGCCUACGAAUUCUGGAGCUGGAUCCCUACCUUCAUCAUUUUCCUGAUCGUCUUGGGAGUGUUUGCUCAUUCUGGAGACUUCUACAACGUCCCCUGGGAAGUCGGCAAGGCUGAAAUGGGUUCCGUCCUCUCUUUCGGUGCAACUGUCUAUGGUUUCGCUACCGGCUGGACUAGUUAUGCCGCUGACUACACGGUUUACCAGCCAUCAAACCGCAGCCGAUGGUUGAUCUUCUUGUCGACCGCUGUCGGACUACUCUUCCCUCUACUCUUCGUCGAGAUGCUUGGUGUUGCUGUCAUGACUGCCACAACAAUCAACGGCGGUGACAACAAAUAUGCCCUUGGCUACGAACAGUCCGGCACUGGUGGUCUUUUGGGAGCUGUACUCUUUGGUCCCUUGGGUGGAUUCGGCAAGUUCUGUGUUGUCAUCCUUGCCUUGUCGAUCAUCGCCAACAACUGCCCCAACAUUUACUCCGUCAGUCUUACUCUCUUUGUGUUGGCCCGCUGGACUCGCAAAAUCCCCCGCUUCGUCUACACCGUCAUCGCUACCGGUGUUUAUAUUGCCAUUGCCAUCCCUGGAUAUAGCCAUUACGAAACCGUCUUGGAAACCUUUAUGACCUUUAUCGGUUAUUGGCUCGCCAUCUACGAAGGUAUCGGCAUCGCCGACCAUUUCGUCAUCAGGCGCGGUUUUAGUGGAUACAUCCCUGAACACUACGACCAACCUGACAAGCUCCCCCCCGGUAUCGCUGCCAUCUUCGCUUUCUGCUGCGGUAUUGCCGGUAUGAUUACUGGUAUGAGCCAGACUUGGUAUGUUGGACCUAUCGCUCUCUAUGCUGGCGAGGCUCCGUUCGGUGGAGAUGUUGGUUUUGAACUUGGAUUCGCUUUUGCGGCGGUUGGUUACCUGAUUGCUCGUCCUAUUGAGAUGAGAAUUUUUGGACGAUAG